AUGGUUACCUUGGAGGGGUUUUGGUUGAAUAGAUCUGGGCCUCCCGGAGUUCUUGGCUUCGCGUAUGGUGACCAUUAUGCUUGGAACUGCAACGCUGAAGUUAAGCUCCAUUGGGCGAGGUUUCCUUAUCGGUUGCGUCUUGUUGAAUCUGGUACCAUUAGAGGUUCCUCGAGAUGUGCUGUACCUCGAAUCGUCUCUUCCGUUCGUGGUUUUUCGAGGCUCGUCCAUGGCUCUAACUUGGGUCGGGUGUUGGUUGCUGAUAAAGAUGCUAAGUUUCACUUCAAUGAUGAUUGCAAGAGAGCCUUUGAAUUGUUAAUGUUCAAGUUGGCAACGACUCCCAUUAACACUGCUCCUAAUUGGAGUAUCCCUUUUGAGCUCAUGUGCGAUGCUAGUGACGUAGCGGUUGGGGCUAUUUUUGGGGAACACAUCAACAAUAAUUUUCAUCUGGUCUACUAUGCUCGUAAUACCAUUAAUAGUGCCCUAGUCAACUAUACCGUUACGGAGAUAGAGCUUCUUGCCAUGUUGUUUGCAAUUGAGAAGUUCCACCCGAACUUGAUGGGUGCUAAAAUGAUUGUCCACAUGGAUCAUGCGGCACUUUGUUAUCUUAUGACCAAGAAAGAUUCCAAAGAUCGGUUGAUGUGA